UUGUCACAUCCGUUGCACAGUUUUUGGAAAAGCCCUUUCAGGAAAAAAAUUACAUUUCUGCCGUAUAUUAUACACAUUUCCUGACAAUAUAAGAAGAUGGCGCAGUGGUGCCAACUCCAGAUGCUGGACUGUAAGUACCUGGAGCAGGUGGACCAGCUGUACGACGACUCGUUCCCCAUGGACAUCCGGCAGUACCUGAGCAAGUGGAUCGAGAGCAUCGACUGGGACACGGUGGCGAUCCAGGACUCUCUGGCCACCGUCCGCUUCCACGACCUCCUGGCUCAGCUGGACGACCAGCACAGCCGCUUCGCCCUGGAGAACAACUUCCUGCUGCAGCACAACAUCCGCAAGAUCAAGAGGAACCUGCAGGAUCGGUUCCAGGAAGACCCGGUCCACAUGGCCAUGAUCAUCUCCAGAAACCUGAAGGAGGAGCAGAAGAUCCUCGCCAUCGCCAAGAGCACCGAGCAGGAGGGCGAGGGGACGGUGUCGGCGAUGGUGGUGGAGAAACAGAAGCUGGACAACAAAGUGAAGGAGAUGAAAGACAGAGUCCAGGUGGCGGAUCAGAACAUCAAAAACCUCGAAGAUCUGCAGGACGAGUACGACUUCAAAGUCAACACACUGAGGAACAGAGAGAAUGAAAUGAACGGCAUGACGGCGAAGGAGCUGGAGAAAGAGAAGCUGACGGUCGGGAGGAUGGGCUUCGAACUGAAAGCCAAACGACAGGACGUGGUGGCCCAGCUGGGCGAACUCCUGAACGUCACUCAGACGCUGCUGUCGGACCUGAUCUCCGAGGAGCUGCCGGAGUGGAAGCAGCGGCAGCAGAUCGCCUGUAUCGGAGGGCCGCCCAACGCCUGCGUGGACCAGCUGCAGAACUGGUUCACAGCAGUAGCAGAGAGUCUCCAGCAGGUCCGUCAGCACCUGAAGAAGCUGCAGGAGUUGGAGCAAAAGUUCACCUACGACAGCGACCCCAUCACACAGAAAAAAGCUUACCUGGAGGCCCGAGCCCUGGAGCUCCUCAAGAACCUCCUCUCGCACUCUCUGGUUGUAGAGAGGCAGCCCUGCAUGCCCACCCACCCACAGAGACCGCUGGUGCUGAAAACAGGCGUCCAAUUCACAGUCAAACUCCGGUUCCUGGUGAAGCUGCAGGAGUUUAACUACCAGCUCAAAGUCAAAGCACUGUUUGAUAAAGACGUGACGGAGAAGAAAGGGUUUCGGAAGUUCAACAUUUUGGGGACAAACACCAAAGUUAUGAACAUGGAGGAGUCGAACGGCAGCCUGGCAGCAGAGUUCAGACAUUUGCAACUGAAAGAGCAGAAAGUUGCAGGCAACCGAACAAACGAGGGUCCUCUGAUCGUCACAGAGGAGCUCCACUCGCUCAGCUUCGAGUCCGAGCUGCAGGUCAACCAGUCGGGACUCGACAUCAAACUGGAGGCCAUGUCUCUGCCUGUGGUGGUGAUCUCUAACGUCUGUCAGCUGCCCAGCGGCUGGGCCUCCAUCCUCUGGUACAACAUGCUGACCACCGAGCCCAAAAAUCUGAAGUUCUUCAUCACCCCUCCGGCGGCGAAGUGGUCUCAGCUGUCUGAGGUCCUCAGCUGGCAGUUCUCCUCCGUCACCAAGCGAGGCCUGAACCAGGAGCAGCUCAACAUGCUGGCUGACAAACUGCUCGGAGCGAAAGCCCAGAGGAACCCGGAGGGGCAGAUCCCCUGGAUCAAAUUCUGCAAGAGUGCAAACGAGAAAGCUUUCCCCUUCUGGUUGUGGAUUGAAGGAAUCCUGGAUUUGAUUAAAAGACACCUGCUUUCCCUCUGGAACGACGGCUCCAUCAUGGGCUUCCUCAGCAAAGAGCGGGAGAAAGCUCUGCUGAGCGAUAAGUGUCCCGGUACCUUCCUGCUCCGAUUCAGUGAGAGCAGCAAAGAGGGCGCCAUCACCUUCACCUGGAUCGAACAUGACGUCCACGACAAGCCUCUCUUCCACUCCGUGGAGCCGUACACAAAGAAGGAGCUCACCGCCGUCUCUCUGCCCGACAUCAUCCGCACAUACAAGGUGAUGGCCGCCGAGAACAUCCCGGAGAACCCGCUCCGCUUCCUCUACCCCAACAUCCCCAAAGACAAGGCCUUCGGGAAAUACUACCCCAAACCCUCUGAGACUCCAGAGCCCAUGGACGUGGAGAACGGUCCGGAGAAGAGCGGCUACAUGAAGACAGAGCUCAUAUCUGUCUCUGAAGUACAUCCGUCCAGACUGCAGGACAACAUGAUGCCGAUGUCUCCUGACGACUACAAAGUUUUGUCGCAGUAUGUCAGUCCCAGAGACAUCGAUGCCGUGACCUGCAAUCUGAUUUCUGGAUUUGAAGAGUUUGACGUUCAGAUGAGUGCAGACUUCCAGGAUGAAAACUGAGUGUCUUCACUUCACGCUGUAGUUUCUCCUGUCUGUCAUGACUCUUAGACUACGUUCAGACUGCAGGCAUGAGUGGCCCAAUUCCAAUUUUUUUCGCUCGUAUGUGAAUUAUAUCUGAUUUUUUUAUAACAGUGUGAACAGCACAGAUCACAUGGAAAACGAUUUUUUCAAAUCCGACCUGGGCCUCUUUCAUAUGUGGUCCUAAAUCAGGUCCGAUGUUUUCCAAUAAUAAGUAUUUGGGAUGACGCUUCUGUCCGAGCCUAAUUAGAUUGUUUGUACCGUAACCGGUCCGUGUUUGAAAGUAUCCCAAAAGAAAUGACCAAGUGCGGCCAUAGAGAAAGUGGUAUAGUC